GUCGCUGGAGCCCCCGCUCGGAUCAGCCCGUCUGUUAGCAAUGAACGCCUCGUGCUGCCUGCCGUCUGUGCACCCAACGCUGCCCAACAGCUCCGAGCACCCUGCCAGCCCUGCCUUCGGCAACCAGAGCGGCAGCGGGUUCUGCGAGCAGGUCUUCAUCAAGCCCGAGGUCUUCCUGGCGCUGGGCAUCGUCAGCCUGCUGGAAAACAUCCUGGUCAUCCUGGCCGUGGUCAAGAACGGCAACCUGCACUCGCCCAUGUACUUCUUCCUCUGCAGCCUGGCGGCGGCGGACAUGCUGGUGAGCGUGUCCAACGCCCUGGAGACCGUCAUGAUCGCCGUCGUCAACAGCAACUCCCUGGCCCUCGGGGACCGGCUCAUCCAGCACAUGGACAACGUCUUCGACUCCCUGAUCUGCAUCUCGCUGGUAGCUUCCAUCUGCAACCUCCUGGCCAUCGCCGUGGACAGGUACGUCACCAUCUUCUACGCGCUCCGCUACCACAGCAUCAUGACUGCGCGGAAGGCCCUCGCCUGGAUCGCGGCCAUCUGGGUGAGCUGCGGGGUCUGCGGCGUGGUGUUCAUCGUCUACUCCGAGAGCAAGAUGGUCAUCGUGUGCCUCAUCACCAUGUUCUUCGCCAUGCUGCUCCUCAUGGGCGCCCUCUACGUGCACAUGUUCCUCUUCGCCCGGCUGCACGUCCGGCGCAUCGCGGCACUGCCGCCCGCCGACGGGGCGCCCCCGCCGCAGCACUCGUGCAUGAAGGGGGCUGUGACCAUCACCAUCCUGCUGGGGGUGUUCAUCUGCUGCUGGGCCCCCUUCUUCCUCCACCUCGUCCUCAUCAUAACCUGCCCCACCAACCCCUACUGCGUCUGUUACGCCGCCCACUUCAACACCUACCUGGUCCUCAUCAUGUGCAACUCCAUCAUCGACCCGCUCAUCUACGCCUUCCGGAGCCUGGAGCUGCGUACCACCUUUAAGGAGAUCCUCUGCAGCUGCAACGGCAUGAACCUGGGCUAG